AUGGCGCCUGUGUAUUUGGCUUGCCGUCUGCAGUUCUCAUGUUUUCUUCUCUUUCUGUCUGAUGUGUCGUUUACCUGCUGUAUGCGGCUGGUGUACGCCCAUCAAGCUCUCCUAGACAUCCGCAUCUCCGUUGGGGUUUCAUUAGCGAACUUUCACAGCGUGGACGUGGAAUGCCCAUUUCACAAACCGUACAAGCCUCCCCGAACCAUCUUCCUGCACAAUAUCUGCCGGUGGCCGCUAAACGCUAAACGAGGUAGCCGCGGAGGUUACAUGAUGAAACUGAGGGCUUAUUUACAAGCUGACAUUUCGUUUGGACACAGAUCUCUAGCAUGGCACCCGCGGGACGCGGUUUACCGAUGUCUUCGUCCUGUUCUCCCUCUACAUCUGAGUCAUGCCACUCAGGUUGAUCUCCGCAGUGUUGGCCGACGUGCCCGGCAGAACAGAGUAAAUCACGGAAAUCUGCGCUCAUUGAGAAAAGCGCCCUCAUCUCACGUGUCUAUUCCUCCACCUAAGUUGGCGCUAAUAAACGCCCGCUCCGUGGUGUGUGAUUGGUGUAAACACAUGCGUCACACUAAAGAAUACCUGGACUUUGGUUCGGGCGAGGAGCGUCUGCAGUUCUGCAGCAACAAAUGCCUGAACCAGUACAAGAUGGAUGUGUUUUACCGGGAAGCUCGUGCCGCCCUCUCCAGCUCUGGCUCCACCCACAAAGAUGAAGAGGACCGCCCCAAAACGGCUGUGGCGGAAAACCAGAAACUCCUGACCCCGGAGGCCUGGGACAGACCAGAGAAAACCCUCUCGCCCCGAAGCCCUCCGCAACAAACACCCGUCUCCGCACCGCAGCCGAGGAUUCAGACCAGAGUAUCGCCCUCUUCUCCAGCUCGUCCGUCUCAUGUUACUCCAGAACAGCCACGCCCACCUCAGAUGCCCCUCCCCUUUGUGCGCCCACCCCUCCAGGGCCUGCGAAGCCCCGCCUCUCACCCGCCCCGUCCCCUCAGCCCUAUCCAGAGGGCUUCCUUUGCCCCGCCUCCUCUCCUCCAGCCCUUCCCCGCCCCUUACAUGCCCUUCCACCCGGCGUACCCGCCCCCUUUACCCCCGCCCUGGCCGCAGCCCAUGAUGUUAUCACCCUAUCCAGUUUUUGUGCCAAUCCCGGUGCCGAUUCCCAUUCCCAUCCCUGUUUUCCCUCAAACGGGCCACACAGGAGUCAUCCGAAAGCUUCAGGAGCAGGAGGAGGAGCGUACGCCCGAUCCGGGUCACUCGGAGGAGCCCAACAGCACAGUAAAGACGGAGCGAUGCGCUUCUCCUCUCACGUCGGAGCGACAGGUGAUUCAGUGUCUACACAAACACCCAGUGAAAGACGAAACUCACACGCGUGAAUCUCCAACGCACAAAGCACUUUACACGUCUGUCGUCAUGCCGACGGCUUCCAGAAUAGUCACUCCUGCCUCUUUGUACUCAUUGGCUCGUUCGACCGCCAUACAAGCCGCCUCGUUCUCACUUGACAGCUCCUCUCCGUCUCCUCUCUCCGACGGUGAAGAUGUGAAGAACAGCUGUUUGGGUGGACGGGACGACGGCUCGACCAAUCACUGGUCAGAAGAGCAGAUGGACUGCCUGAUCGACCAAUCAAAAGAGAGCCAGAAGGAGGAGGAAGCGCCGCAGGAUGUAGAGCACACCUACGCACGGUCCAUACCGCCCAAACUACGCGAGAAAAACACACAAACACAUUUACACACUCAGACACAAACCCGGGAGAAAAACACAGAUCUGGGAUCUGAGGCGAGUGGAAGAGACGAUCCAGAACCAGCCGUGAAGAGACGGUGCUUGAGAAUCAGAGACCAGAUCAAAUGAGGACCGCGGUGUAAAUGCAGAGAUGAAACGAUGGAGACGAGUGUUUCUUUGAGUGAUGCGUUGUGUAAACGUACAGAGGAAGCGUCCAGCAGCAGCAGCCGCCCCAGAGCAUCAUGGGAGUCACACAUCGAGCGCAUGUGAUCCAAUUAGACCACAUAUAUAUAUAUAUGUGUGUGUGUGUGUGUGUGUGUGUGUGUGUGUGUGUUUUCCUGCCAAGCUCCUACAAAGCCAGGCAUUGUUCCUCACUGCCAGUGUGUGUGUGUGUGUGUGUGUGUGUUGAGCUGUGGUUUAGGAUUACCUGACACACAUUGGCGCAUUGGCUACAGGGCAUUUUUAGACUUCGCCAAAAGAGUGCCAAGAGGACAAAUACACACACACACACACACACAUGCACAAGCACACACACACACACACACACACACACAAGCACACACACAUCAGAUGUGGCUCUCUGAUUGAUGGAAUUUCCUGCAAUGCAUCAUGGGUGAUGUAGUUUUUCACCACAAAUGUAACAUUAUUAUUUUAGAAACAAGUGAACUUUUGAUUUAAACAACAGCAAGUAUCAUCAGAUAGCAAAUUCUGAGCUCACAGCAGAUCAGUUUUUAAUGGUUUAUAAAUGAUCAAAUUCAGUUUCCCUGUGGAGAAAGUGAUUGGAGUUUUUGCAUAUAUUCCUGACUUGAUGCUUAAAAAAUAGUGUCAAAAAAGAUUGCCAUGCUAAAUGUUUCAAAUUUACAUAUGGUACUAUUUUAAAUGCAUGUUAAAUGAUAUUCUAAUGUUGUUAAAAGAAUACGAUGGUUCCUUUAGUGAGUGAGUUUGAUGAGUGACGUCACUUAGUGACGCAGUAAAACGCGAUCGGUUUUCGUGAAGAAUUGUAGUUAUAUAUUUUGUCAUUAGCCAUUUGAGAUACAUUUCGGAUUUCCCCCCAAGCCAUUUGCAGAUGUCUCAUCUGUAAAUAUAAACAUUAAUAAUAAUAAAAACAAUAUAGGAGAGCUUAAACUCGAUUACUAAAGUAUAAGUGUGUCCUGUUGCCAUAAAGAACACAAAAGCAGUGAUUUAUGAGAGGAAUAUCACGUGUGUGUCAGUAUUAUUCACGACCAAAGCCAUCGCAGGGUUUCCAUGACUGUCCAGCAGAGGACGCUGUUGACUUUAAAACAGAUAUUAACGUUUAUUAAUAUGAUGAACUGAUGUCAGAUCCUCUGACUGCACAAUAUUUCACACCAGUGCCAAGCGAUUCGUCUAUCAAUGCAUUUCACCGAAGGCCAAUAUCAAAAAACAAUUUUCAAGGGUAGUAUAGUUUAAUAAUAGUUUAAUUAUUGUAAUAUUUGUUUGCCUUGUUGCACCCACUGUGAUUUUUAUUCCAAAUGUCUUCAUGGAAGUGUAUACUAGCUGUACAUUAAUUUAAAUAUGAUAAUUGCUUAUCAAUAUGUGGUGCAACCACUCAUAAUGCCGUUUUAUGUCAUUUUAUGAAAAAAGAUUAUGCCAAUGACUAGAUUUGUUGAUAAUAAAAUCAUUAAAUGUUCAA